GUUAGCUUUUAAUCAAAAAUAGUGAGGAAUCUCCGUCAAUGUUAAGCUAAGGACAAAUGCAAGAGGAAUGGAUGUUUGAUCAGCAACCACGUCGGGGUUUUGCUUAACGUUUUGAUAUAUCUUAUUUCUAAAUAUCCCUAAAAUGUCUGGCACAACAUAUCCUCCAGAACAUUAUAUAUCACUGUCUAUCGCGAGUGAGAAAGAGACAACAGAGACAAAGUAAAAAGUAUUGGCACAGAAUGGAGGACUUUGAGAAAGUCAACCUCACAUUUGCGAAUAUCUCCAGUGAAGGAAACCAAGGCAACGAGCACAAAAUAAGCUGGGUCAAAAUCAUUUUUAUUUUUAUCAUACUUAUUUGUGGAUUCAUCUUGAAUUCUACUGUGGUACUUCUUGUACUCGCAAAGAGAGUAAAAAAGAAGACAAUCAACGUGUUCGUGGUGAAUAUGUCCGUAGCUGAUCUGUGGUCGCUUUUGUUAUACCUGCCCUGGAGGCUCAAGAAUUACCUGACAGAGAACCCAGACUGGCAGAACAGAACUGACUGGGCUGGGGGCAUUUUCGGCGAUGUGACUUGUAGGCUGAUAUCUUGGUUUUAUAACUCCACUGAUUGGGUAUCCCUUGUAACUCUCUUAAUCAUAUCAGUUGAGCGUUUCAGGGCGGUUAAAUCCAUAGUUCAACUGCCAGGCCUAAGCCGUUGCAAGACUGCUUCACUUAUUUCAUUCACCUGGAUUUUGUCUGGCUUUGUUAACUUGCCUUUGCUUAUCAUUUGUGGUGUCAGGAGUGGGAAGACUUUUUGUGGCUGUCCUCUUACAAAAACUAUCGUAGCAUAUUAUAUGGGUACGAAUAGUCUAUACGUGUGCCUCGUCAUCUCAAUUCUAAGCAUCAACCUUGUGAUUAUACGAAGACUUGUCCGUGUGCAAGCAAGCUAUAAUCUCCCGGAAGCGCAACAAUUGAGAAGACUCCAGCGUCUCCAUUCCGCCGUUCGCAUGGUUCUCUGUUCUUUGGUUCUUUUUGUGGUUUGCACUGCGCCAUUUUACGCUAUUCUGACCUUAACAAGACUUGAAUUUUUCGCUGAAAUUUCUGCUAUUGAAAUCAGUGAUGAUAAGUUUGAUGCAUGGGAUUUUAUUUUCUAUGUGAAUGCUGCAUUUGGUCCUGUCAUAUAUUUUAUUUUUCUUGAUGAUUUUCGUGAUGGGUUGAAGCAGGGUAUUAGAGGCUGUGUACGAUCGUUUCGUGCAAACACUCAACCCGACCAGCCACCAGAACAACCUUCCUCGCGACUACGCCACAAGCCCGCAUGUGAGAAUGGUUAA